CGAUAUCAGCAGGCGCUUGGUCGGUCUAUCGUUUUGCGAUAUAAUUUCUAAAAGAAAUAAAUAAGGAAAUAAAUAAAGUCGUUUUUAUAAAAUAAACAUAAAACUUAGGGAAGAAAGAGCAUACCAGACAGCACGCCGCCGCUUAGGUGUAGUAUAUUAUUACAUUGCAAGCACAAUAAAUCGCCGGCAAAAUGGGGCGCCGCUCUAUUAACACCACAAAGAGUGGAAAGUAUAUGAAUCCCACGGACCAGGCGCGCAAGGAGGCUCGCAAGAAGGAGCUUAAGAAGAACAAGAGGCAGCGUCAAAUGGUACGUGCGGCUGUCCUAAAGAACAAGGAUCCCUCACAGAUACUCGAGGAGAUGGAGAAGAUCGACGAGAUGGAGUACAACGUGCUGCAGCCAUCGCCGCUGAACGAGAAAGUUCUGCGUGACAAGCGGAAGAAGUUGAAGGAGACCUUCGACCGAGUAAUGCGACUCUAUCAUAAUGAUGAGCCCGAGCACUGGGCAGACCUCAAGCGCAAGGAGGUGGAGUAUGAGAAGAAACGCCUGAAAAAGCAGCAGUACUACGAAAGUGUCAAGCACGCCCAGAGCGUCCAGGUCGAUGAGAUUCCCCUGCCAGCUCCGGUAUCGACGGCCAUUCCCGGCGGUGCUGCCGGCUCUGCCGGCGGUCCGGUUUUAGCGGGAUUCGGUGCCGCCGUUGGCAUACGCCUUCCACCUCCGCCAAUGACAAUGGCGUUGCCGCCAUACGCUCCCGGUGCUCCGCCUGGCGUGGCCAAAAAUAGUGAUAUAGCUGCCAGUGAAGCACAGGCGGAGAAAUCCAAGGAAGACGAGGAGAAGGAUUGGUUAGGCGUUCCCCCAGGCCCACCGCCUGAUCUGUUUGCCCUGUCUGAACUCGAUUCCGAUGCCGAGGGCAAUACGGACUACGAUGGCGAGGGCGAAGAAGAAGAGCAGGAGGCGGCGAAGAAGAGCAAGGACAAGGAGGCCGCCGAACCGAAUAACCAAAACAUUGAUGACUUUAUGAAAGAAAUGGAACAUGUGCACAAGCGCAAGCAUCGCAAACUAGCGGCCAAGGAGGAUGAAGCCGACAAACAGCGAGGAGAUGACGAAGACGACGAUUUGGAGAAGCGCCUGGAGCGAGCGUCUAGCUCAGAUAGGAAAUCCGCGAGCAGUAGCGACAGUGAGGACGACGAUGAUCAGGAUGAUGAUGAAGACAUGGACGAGCCGCCGGUCAAAACAGCAGUAAAGUCCUCCGCCACGGUUACGCAGCCAGCUCCGGCUCCUCCUAAAGCGCCCACACUGCCUGCUAUCCCUUUGCCACCAGCGUCAUCUGUGCCAGCGCCACCACAACUGCCGCAGCUACCGCCUAUACACAAUCUUGGCCCACCGGGCAUUAUGUAUCGACCUCCACCCAUGCGACCACCACAUGCGGGAUCUGGUUUCGGCAUUCGCAUGCCACCGGGACCGCCGCCAGGACCUAGGCCACCACAUGGCUUGGGCCCAAUUCCUCGAAUGGGUAUCAGAAUACCACCGGGACCACCACCAGGUCUACCACCUCGCCUAGCCCAUCACAAUAAGCAGGGAGGUGGCGGAGGGCCACCAAAGGAGUCAGCCAAGGGCGUUACUACCAUUACAGCCAAACCACAAAUCAGGAAUCUGAGUGCGGAUGUUACCCGCUUCGUGCCAUCUACGCUGCGUGUAAAACGGGAGGAUCAGCGCCGGGCGGCGAGGCCCAGACAUGCGGCCAACGAUGGCCACCACGCACCCUCUGAGGCUCACUGCAAACCGCCCACCAAGGACGACGCCUAUCUACAGUUCAUGAACGAAAUGCAGGGCUUGCUGUAGCAUUUGAUGGUACUUUUUUUUUUACUGUAAAUUGUGUAGUCUAAGUCCUAGAUAAAAUGAGUCACCCAAAGCAAUACCUUGAGCAUUUUCAACUUGGAAUAAGAUAGUAUUGCGACAGAAAGUUAUUAAAUCUAUGUUUUCCUGGAGCC